AUGUACGAAAUGGCAGCGGCUUCGCAGUACGGUACCACGGCUGGAUAUAACGAUUACUACCACCCACACGCGCACCCACAUCAUCCACAUCACCACGGGCACCCACAUCCACACCACCAGCAGGCGUCGCUAUAUCACGCUGCCGCGGCUGCUGCAGCAGCUGCCGCCGCCGCAGCAGCCUCCGGUGGACCGCAAUCGUCAGCGUCGUCCGUGUCUGGCGCUGCCGCCGCGGCCGGAUCGUCGUCGCCGUUGUGA